GCCAGACUACGGUCGAAGAUGCGUCGCCCGUUUCUUUCAUCUCCUUCGACCGGAGUUUGGUCUCUAGCGCGACUGGGGACGAGUGGCACUGCCACGCUUUUCGGUUCGUGAUGGGUUGUUGAUGCGACGAUGCUGCUCUGCGCUGGGGACAUCGCACAAUUUUGUCGCUGACAGAUUAUUCGCCCCCCGUCGGCCACCCGGGAAGUAACGUCUGACAACUGUGCAAAUACUGUGCCUGCGCUUCAGAUGAGAUACAAAACAUGCGCCGACAUGUUUUGAACACAGCAGUGGCACUAACCUUCUUCGUCUUGUGCUUCGUGGGAUAAUCUCAACCACCUCGAAAAAUAGUCAGGCAAUGAAGAACCAUCUGUGUCUUCUGUACCCGCUCGUGGUGCUUGUUUUGGCAGAUGUUUGCCGAGCUGUGACCAUCCGACGCCUUAUCGUGCCGCGCUGGGUGCGCAAUGGGUCCGAGACGCCCGCCGUUCUCGACUGCGAGUACGUGUACAACGAGAACGACCUCAAGCUGGUGGUCAAGUGGUUCUUCAACGACGGCGCCGAGCCCGUCUACCAGUGGAUACCCGAGAUGGGGGUACGUGAGGCGUUCGGAGUGCUGCGCCAACGCCUGGACGACACGUUCUCUGUGAAUUCUCGCGACGCCUACUCGCAGUACCGCGCCAUCCGCAUUCUGAGGCCCACCUGGGAACUCAGCGGCAAGUACACCUGCGUCGUCACCUCGCUUGCCGGACAGGAUGCGAGGCAUCAGCACAUGACCAUCUUUGUACCCGCAAGGACAUUUUCCUUCAACUACAGUAAUUCACCGCCACCACUUGACCGGCUUCUCCGACCGCACACAGCGGAGCUCCCGUUGAGUCUUCAGUGCGUGGCUCGGGGCACUUUCCCCCAGCCAGUGCUGACAUUGUUCCUACUCAAGGGAGGGAGGCGGAGACCCGCGACAGAGGCGGGCCUCCGAACGUUUACGACGGCUACAAUCGAAGACGGCCUCUUCGACGUCGCGUUGCACGCUGACGCAUUCGAGGGCCACCUCUCCUCGUUGGCCGACCUCUUCGAGUGCGUGCUGGAGAUACCGUACAGCAACUACGUGCUGACACGCCGAAUGACUGUCACUCACGAGCUUACCUGGGGAGCUUACGGUGCAUCUAAAGCAUCCCGCCUGCCCAUCCUGUCAUAUUUUUGCAUCAUCUUGAGCAUAAGCAUCUAUAUUGUUUCUGGGCCGCAUAAGAGAGAUGGAGGCGAAAGCGUGAACAGGGCUACUCGCGAUGUCCGCGAAGACCAGGGUGAUACGUAGUGAAAUCAUGAAUUAUUGAUGGGUAUUGUUACGUUGACUGUUGCCGUUUAAUGUUUCGUGUGGCCUUCUUAAAUAUCUGGCCUCUCCCCGUGGGACUCUGGCCAUUGGUGGUCGAAACGGACGACGGGCAGGAAGAACAAGACGAAAAUAAUCACUUCGACGCCGAAGACCAUAGUUGGAGAACCUUCGCGAACAUCAUCAACCCAGGAAGUGGCUUCAUGUGGCGGCGCUCAUCAAUCUUCAUCGUUGAGGAUCGGACACAGUCAUGUUGUGUUUUGGAGUCGUGUUGAAACUGACAAGUGCAAGUGUUACGACGGUCGUUUAUCCAGUUUAACAGACUCGCACGUUAAGCUUUAGCAAGCGUGUCCUCUGCGUGAGUAAAGCCAUCGCUUCCUUUUUAGCAUUGCUUUCGCAAAGAAGAGCCACUGAAAGACCACAUAAAAAAGUGAGCACAUCAGCAAUUUUUCGAAAUACUCUACUGUUUUUCUACCAAUAAGAAAGAAAACUGUACUCGGGUGAAAAGUCCGCAAGUAGAAAAUUGCAGUGAAUACGCCACAGUAUAUAUUUCCAAUUGGCUUCUUGCUUCCAGAAUAAGUGAUGCUCUAACUGUCUAUGGCAAGGGACAUUUCUAAACAACAAAACUUUACGCUUUCACAGAGAAGGAGAAUGGCAUUACAUGAAGUAUACUGCAGUGAAGUGAGCGAAAAAUACUGAUAUGAACUGUUGUCCUCAAAAUCACCUAAUUAGGCUUGAUGUUAAAACGUCAAGGAAAUACAUAUUUUGGCGCUCUGUUUACAAAAUAAACAAACAAGAGAGAAGCGUUACAUCUUUAAAGACA